AUGGUGGAAAACAUUAUUGGAACUACCCUUGAUUCUGCUAUAAGGUCAUGUCAAAACCUUGUUCAUACAAGGCAUUGUCGUUCUGUUGGAUAUGGCCAAAAAUCACUUAUUUAUCAUUGCAAAACAUGUUCAAAAAAUGAGAGUGCUUGUUUAUGUGCAUUAUGCUUUAAUAGCAGCAACCAUAAAGGUCAUGACUAUUCAAUUACUGAAGUGUCAAAUUUUACUUGUGAUUGUGGAGAUGAAACUCAAUGGAAAGAAGAAGGGUUUUGUCCUCUUCAUGGGAAAUCAUUUACAGGAAAUUUAGUAUCAUUACUUCCAGCUGAGUAUAAAGGGUUUCCUAAAAAAAUGAAGCAGUGUAUUAAAAAGUAUGUGUUUGAAUUAAUAGGGGACAAUAUUACAGAAGUAGAAAAGAUUGGUGAUAUUAUUUUAAAAUUAAUGCGAGUUGAUUUAUUUUAUUUAAUUAUUGCAGAGCUCUUAACAAAACAAUUCUCCCCUUCAUCGUCUAUUCUCAUUGAACAGUUUCAUCAACAACAGAUUACCUAUCAUGAAUUUUUGUAUGAAAAAAUGUUUACAUUAUCAAAAUUACCAACAACAUUAACUCGAAUUUUAACAUCAUUUCAAACUGAUUUAACUUUGAUUCAUUUUGACCAUGAAAUAAUUUAUAAACUCUUUAUUUAUUCAUUGGAGUAUUCUCAGCAUUUAUUGAAUGAAGUUUUUUGUAAUACCUUUAUCUUUC